UAAACUUGGUGCGUAUUUCAAACGCUCGAAGCCCUUGCAAGGGGGCCCGAUUCAGCAACAUGAAGUGUUGGUCAUUUCUGGCAGUACUUUUGUGCCUUUUCGUUUCCUUGUGCCUUAGUAGUCCAGUAGGCGUUUCUCGUGCAAAGAGGUCUCACAAAGAAGAAGGUUACUGGACAAAGAAGUUACUAUGGAAAGAAGAAUGGGUUAAAGUAUGGAAGACCGAGAAGAAACUCAUAUGGAAGCAAGAGUGGAAGAAAAGUCAAGUUCCGGUUUGGAAGGAGAUUCAAGUUCCUGCUUGGAAGGAAAUUCAAGUUCCCGACUGGAAGUGGGUGUCGAAACCUAUAUGGAAAGAGACUCAAGUCCCAGCAUGGAAAGAAAUUCAGGUACCUGAUUGGAAGGAAGUUCAAGUACCAGCUUGGAAAGAAAUCCAAGUGCCAGAUUGGGUAGAGGUUAAAGUACCAGAUUGGAAAGAGAUACAAGUACCUGACUGGAAAACCAUUUGGAAACCGAUUUGGAAAGAGAUCCAGGUGCCUGCAUGGAAAGAAAUACAGGUCCCAGAAUGGAAAAAGUCGUUUGUUCCCGUUUGGGUAAAAGAAGGAAUUCAUGGUGAACAUUUUUUGGGAAAAGACCACCAUGGCAACGAAUAUACGGCCCAUGACAUUUGGAAGAAGAAACUGAUCUGGAAACCUAUUUGGAAAAAGGUUUGGAGAACUGAGAAGAAACAAAUUUGGAUUCCCCAGAAGAAACUCGAAUGGGUGCAGGAGAAGAAACAAAUUUGGCGCACUGAGAAGAAGCAAAUUUGGAGAGUUGAGAAGAAACAAAUCUGGAGGACCGAGAAGAAGCAGAUAUGGAUUACCAAAAAGGAGCAAAUAUGGAGGACAGAGAAGAAGCAAAUCUGGAUUCCACAGAAAGAACUAAUUUGGAAACAAGAGAAAGUCCAAAUUUGGAGAACAGAAAAGAAACAGAUUUGGGUAACACAAAAGAAGGAAGUUUGGAAAGAUAUUUGGAAACAAGUUUCUGUACCAGUAUGGAAAGAAAUUCAAGUGCCAGCGUGGAAGAAGAUUUACAAGCCUUAUUGGCAAAAAUUCUGGGUCACAGUACAUCACCACGACCAUGGAUGGGACUGACACGAUAGUUAACGUUUCAAUUAGCUUUCUGUAUAUAAUCUCCUGUCUUUCUUAAGUACAAACUGUUGUAAAUAUGCUAUGCAUGUACCUAAAUAUUCCAAUUUUAUGAAUAU